AUGUCGCUCAUUCGAGAGAUGAACGCUGAUAACCGUAUCAGUGAGGACUCGAAGCAUCCCCGCAACGAAGCCGUCCCACUAGAUGAGCCUGCCAAUCUGCUGGGUCAAGGCAGUCCGGGUGUUCGUCGUAUCGAAGCUAUUACAUCGCACUUUCGAUUGACGGAUCGGGUCUGCCUGUUUUUUGCCAUUUUCUUGAUCGCCUAUGUGUACGGCUUGGAUGGAACCGUUCGUUAUACAUACCAACCCUAUGCUACUGAGAGUUACGGCAAACACAGUCUUCUUGCAACCAUCAAUGUUCUUCGAGCCGUCAUCGCUGCUGCUGCACAGCCUACUGCGGCAAAGAUUGCAGAUGUGUUCGGCAGAGCAGAACUUAUCAUUGUCUCGAUCAUCUUCUAUACCGUGGGUACUAUCGUGGAGUCAUGCUCAAAGAGUUUAGAGGGUUUUGCUGCGGGGGCUGUUAUUUACCAGAUCGGAUACACAAGUAUUAUGCUUCUUGUCGAAGUCCUGAUCGCCGAUGUAACCUCUAGCCGAUCUCGUCUCCUAUUCUCCUACAUCCCGGCCUUGCCCUUUAUUAUAAAUACCUGGAUCAGCGGUAACUUGACUACUGCAGUUCUCAAGGUCACCAACUGGCAAUGGGGUAUGGGCAUGUUUGCUAUCAUCUAUCCCGUGUGCUCUCUCCCGCUUAUUACAGUCCUUUUCAUCGUCCAGCGACGUGCAAAGAAGGCCGGGGCACUUGAAUCAUACAAGAGCUCGAUGCAGUUACUUGGAAAAAGGCAACUGGCUGUAGAACUGUUCUCGCAUCUGGACAUCGUUGGUAACAUUUUGUUAAUUGCCAUGAUGGCAUGUAUUCUUGUUCCAUUCACCCUGGCUGGAGGCGUAACCUCACAGUGGAAGACAGCAAAGGUAAUUGCGCCACUUGUCAUUGGUGUUUUGCUGAUCCCGGUCUGGAUUUUCUGGGAGAAAACCUGCCAAUACCCGAUGUUGCCAUUCAAGCUUCUCAAAGACCGUGCUGUCUGGGGUGCCCUUGGAAUCCCUAUUAUGCUCAACACUGCGUGGUACCUGCAAGGAGAUUUCCUUUACACGGUGCUCUACGUGAGCUUUGACGAAUCAAUUCUCAGCGCCACUCGGAUCACCUCUCUUUACAGUUUUGUUUCCGUUAUCACAGGUGUUGUUCUCGGCCUCAUUGUCAUGAAGGUUCGCCAGUUGAAGCCCUUCAUCGUGGCCGGAACCAUGCUCUUCAUGGUUGCGUUCGGAAUCCUCAUCUAUUUCCGAGGUGGCGUUGCGAGCUCUAGUCAUUCCGGUGUCAUUGGUGCGCAAGUUCUGUUAGGUAUUGCUGGUGGAAUGUUCCCCUACCCGGCUCAAGCCAGUAUCCAGGUUGCAUCUAAGCAUGAAAAUCUCGCCGUGGUCACUGGUCUCUUCCUCUCCGCCUACAAUGUCGGUAGCGCACUUGGAAACACGAUCUCCGGCGCAAUCUGGAACCAAGUCUUGCCUUCCGAACUGAAUUACAGACUCGGUAACGAAACCCUCGCUGCGUAUGUCUAUGCCCAGCCUCUCGUGUUUGCAGCGGCCAACCCUGUGGGUACGCCCGACCGAGACAACGUUAUUCUCGCCUAUCAGAAGACACAGCGUCUGUUGUGUAUCACGGGUAUCUGCUUGACAGUUCCUUUGAUUGCCUUCGCCCUGGUUAUUCGUAACCCGACACUCACGAAGGAGCAGAGUCUUAUCAAGGCAGAUGAGGAGAGCGAAUGA